AUGGCGCGCACGACGACCCGGAGCGGGCGUCGGGAGAUGAACCCGACGGAUGCCUACCGGAAGCUGCAGCGCAAGAAGGAGGUUCAGAAGAACAAGAAGGAGAGGAAGAAGGUCCGGGAGUUCUCGGCGAUGGUUCGGAACCCGGAUCUCAUGGUUGAGGAGGUGCAAAGAAUGGAGGUGCUAGACGCCGCGGGCAAGCUCAGCGAGAACGACGUCAAGCGGCUGGCCAACCUCCGCGUGACCCAUCGGGUGCUACUCAAGAAGAAGAAGGCUCAGGAAGAAGCUGUCAGGUGUGCGGGAGGACCGUCGGGUUUCGGCAUUCGCCCCCCCCCUCCCCCGCCACCGCCGGCGCCCGCCGCCGGGUACACGGAGCGGCCGUAUAACCUGAACAAGCAGGGAGGGCCGCAACAGCGAGGGGGAGCGCACGCUGCCGCUUACGGCCCUUCGCAGCGCGGUCGAUUCCGAGGGGUGAUCGCAGAGUCGCAAGCCUUCCAAUGGGACGGGAGGGGCGCAGGGUGUUUUGAGUCGCAACCGCGUGGUAGUUGAUCGUGUCGUCGUAUUUAGCCGACAUAAACCCGGAACUCGCCUCCUUUUCGGUAGCCGCCGCUGAGAGUCCGCUCUUUCUCGCCAAGUUGGUGACGUCACCAAAGGACUUGUACUGUGCCCGUUGAAAGAAUCUCUCAAAGGAUGGAUGUGUUGACGCCUUGACAAGGAAUUCAGAACGCGCCACCUCUCAAGAACCUCUACUGUAGUCUCCGUCGAGGCUGGGGUUGUUAGUUCCUAUCAAGGGACAUGCUACCAAUGGUCGCUAUAUAUAUAUAGGUUUUACUGUAGGGGAUCUUAACCGGGCUCACAAUAUGGUGGUCAAGUUCUUAAAAUCUUGAUUU